AUGGUCCUCAUCGAUAAGCAAAGCUACACCUCCCGCGAGGAACAACGCUUGAAGGAAGAUCGCGAUCGCAUAAGGUACUGGAAAAAAUGGGGUCCCUACGUCGCUGAGAGACAAUGGGCCACUGUUCGCGAGGAUUAUUCAGCGAAUGGUGAUGCUUGGAGCUACUUUACCCACGACCACGCCCGUUCGAGAACUUAUCGCUGGGGCGAAGAUGGAAUUGCUGGCGUAUGCGACACGCAUAAUCUGCAGAAUAUUGCAUUUGCUUUUUGGAAUGGAAAAGAUGGUUUUCUCAAAGAGCGACUGUUCGGUCUAUCAAAUCCACAGGGGAAUCACGGUGAGAGCAUCAAGGAAGCACACUUCCAUCUUGACAACACACCUACGCAUUCGUACAUGAAGUAUCUUUACAAAUAUCCCCAGAACGAAUUUCCUUAUCAGGAUCUGGUUGAGGAAAACGCUCGACGAGGGAAACAGGACCGCGAAUAUCAGAUACUUGAUACAGGAGCAUUUGACAAUAAUCAGUACUGGGAUAUAUUCAUCGAAACGGCCAAGGAGGACGACGAUGAAGACGAAAUUGUGUUCCGGGUAAUCGCUUACAAUAGAGGCCCCGAGCCAGCUCCUCUGCACAUCAUUCCCCAUGUGUGGUUUCGGAACACUUGGUCAUGGGGAUACGAGGGUAGAGAAAAGCCCUCUAUCGAGCAGGCUGCUCCGCUUGCUGUCAGAACCAGCCACGAAAAGCUGGGCCAGCGAUAUGUUUGUUUUGCCCCCUCUCCAGCAACUGGAGACAGUCAAGAAGAUGUCGUACCCCAGAUGCUCUUUACCGAGAAUGAAACAAACAAUGAGCUUUUGUGGGGUACGCAGAACAAUCAGCCUUAUGUGAAAGACGCUUUCCAUCGCUACAUUGUCAAUGACGAGAAGGGUGCAGUCAAUCCAGCCAAUAAAGGCACCAAAUUCGCUGCCUGGUAUGCUUUCAAUGAGGGUGAAGGGGUUCCUCCGGGAGAGUGUGCUGUUGUGCGUUUUCGCUUGUCACGGAAGAUGGAGCCUUUUGUCAACGAAGAGGAGCUAGACGAUGUGGUUGAGCAGCGCAAAACGGAAGCCGAUGAUUUCUACUAUCACAUCAGCCCUCUGCCAAUGAGUGAUGAUCUGCGGAACAUCCAGCGCCAAGCAUUCGCAGGAAUGAUGUGGACAAAGCAGUACUAUCACUUUGUUUGGGAUCAGUGGGCUAAUGGAGACCCCGGUAUGAUUGCUCCUCCGCCGGAGCGAAAACAUGUCCGGAAUCAGCAGUGGAAGCAUUUGUAUAUGGAUGAUAUCCUUUCUAUGCCGGAUUCAUGGGAAUACCCAUUCUUUGCUGCCUGGGAUACUGCUUUCCAUUGCAUACCGUUGGCAAUGAUUGAUCCAGACUUUGCGAAGCGGCAACUGGAUGUUCUCACCCGAGAAUGGUAUAUGCAUCCUAACGGGCAACUAGCAGCCUAUGAAUGGAAUUUCGGAGACGUCAACCCUCCCGUUCACGCCUGGGCGACUUUCCGUGUUUUUAAAAUCGAGCGCAAGAUGUACGGUCGACAGGAUCUUGAUUUUCUUGAACGCGUCUUCCAGAAGCUGCUCUUGAACUUUACCUGGUGGGUUAAUCGAAAGGACUUCGAUGGCAAGAAUGUUUUUGAGGGUGGGUUCCUUGGGUUGGACAAUAUUGGUCUUUUCAACCGCUCUGAACCCCUUCCCACUGGGGGAGUUUUGGAACAAGCUGACAGCACCGGCUGGAUGGCUUUUUACUGCUUGAGCAUGUUGAAUAUCGCUCUCGAAUUAGCCAAACACCGACGAAUAUACGAAGAUAAUCUGGAGGAAAAGAGAGUUCUUUAUGGAACGAAGAAGACGGGUAUGCCACAAGAAUUCUAUUACGAUGCUAUCUCAUACGGCGAGCCGUGGACACAGCAACUUCCGGUGCGGUCACUUGUCGGUCUCAUACCACUAUAUGCGGUAUCAACGCUGGAACCAGAAUUGAUCAACAAAUUCCCAUCAUUCAAGCGCAGACUUGAAUGGUUUGUGGAAAAUCGCCAAGAUGUCGCGGAGCGAAAUCUUGCCAGUAUGAAAAGUCGUGGAAAGGGCGACCGACUACUCCUGUCCUUGGUUAGUAAAGACCGACUAGAGAAGAUACUGAAACGCAUGCUCGACGAGACCGAAUUCCUCUCAGAUCACGGAAUUCGGUCAAUGUCAAAAUACCAUGAGAAGCAUCCUUACUCGAUGGAUGUCAACGGGCAGACAUUCCGGGUUAGCUAUGUCCCUGGCGACUCCGACAGCGGCCUCUUUGGUGGCAACAGCAACUGGCGUGGGCCGGUGUGGUUGUGCGUCAACUUUCUGCUCAUAGAAUCCCUGCUUCGCUUUUACAUGUUUUACGGAGACUCCUUCAAGGUGGAAUGCCCCACGGGUUCUGGGGACUAUAUGCAUCUAGGGCAGGUAGCAGAAGAAAUACAGCACCGGCUUCAGCACCUCUUCGCGCGCAAUGAUGAAGGCCGCCGCGCAGUCCACGCCGGCUCUGACUUACUUAACUUUGACGAGCACUGGAAAGACUACAUGUGGUUCCACGAGUUUUUCGAUGGCGAUACAGGCCGUGGCCUGGGAGCAUCCCACCAAUGUGGCUGGACAGGGUUAAUCGCCAAAAUUAUCCACGAUACCGGGGUCAACUGUCGCCUUCCGCAAACACCACGCUCACCCUUCGCCGCAGCAACCCACUACUUUGACGACAUCUUUACCCGCUCCGUCCGCAACUCCAGCCGCCGCAGCAGUAGCCACCGACCUUUUGUCCGCCGCUCCUCAACAAGCCGCUCGAUUGGCAAUAGGAGUGACUUUGAGUCCGCGUUCGCGACCCCUGCGCCUCAGACACCUGUGGAGCCUGCGCUUGACGAAGAAGGGAAGGACAGACACGGGUCGAACGGAACACCUGGUCAGGAAUUCGACGAGCACGUCUCGAAUUAUGUACGCAGUCAGCUGCAAAGAGUGAGAAGUCAGGUGUCAAUGGGGGCUUACGAGGACGAGUUUGAGACCCAGGUUGAUGCUGCGAACGGCAAUGGCAAUGGUCAACCCCAUGGAAAUGGGAACGGGAAUGCAACUAAUGGGCGGUAAAGUACUUCAACAACCUCUAGAGGUCGUUCGGCCCAGUGAAUUCAUGGUAUAAAUGAAAUGUAACAGG